GAUAAAACGCACAUAUGGAUUCUCCCAAAUAAAUCCCUAUCACCAAAUCUUCUUCUCUUCUUUAUCUUCCCCAACGCGAAACCCUAAUUUCUCUGCAGAUUUUUCCCAAAUCUCAGCUCUAAGAUUCGUUGUGAGCAAUGUCUUCUGUUUCAAGCCAGCCACAGUUUCGUUACACGCAACCUCCUUCAAAGGUUCUUCAUUUGAGAAACUUGCCAUGGGAAUGCACUGAAGAGGAGUUAAUUGAACUCGGAAAGCCUUUUGGUACUGUUGUUAAUACAAAAUGCAAUGUUGGAGCUAAUCGAAAUCAAGCUUUCAUUGAGUUUGAAGAUUUGAAUCAAGCUAUACAAAUGAUAUCUUACUAUGCUUCUUCUUCGGAGCCUGCUCAAGUUCGUGGUAAAACUGUCUACCUCCAGUACUCCAACAGGCAAGAGAUAGUGAACAACAAAACGACAGCGGAUGUUGUGGGGAAUGUUCUUCUGGUGACUAUCGAAGGCGAUGAUGCUCGUAUGGUCAGCAUUGAUGUCUUGCAUCUGGUAAGUGGAUCACACACCUAAUUGGUUUCGUUAGAUGAUGUAAAUAAUAAAUAUAUUGCUAAAAGAUGUUUUGGAGAAAUGCCGAUGAUUAGGUUGUAGGUUGUCGUGCUUUUGAGAAUUUUCUUUUGACGUGAAUGUAAAUGGAUCAGCAGGGCCAUGUCAAGGCAAUAUCUUCAGUGGCAGCCUAAUGCAUUAGGAGAAAGAGCACAUGUAUUCUCAGCAUUUGGGUUUGUCCACAAGAUUACUACUUUCGAGAAGACAGCCGGAUACCAAGCACUGGUUCAAUUUACUGAUGCAGAAACUGCAACCGCUGCAAAACUUGCCCUCGAUGGAAGAAGCAUCCCUAGGUAUCUACUCGCUGAGACCGUGGGACAAUGCUCACUUAAAAUCACAUAUUCAGCUCAUACAGAUCUGACUGUCAAAUUUCAGAGUCAUCGGAGCAGGGACUAUACUAAUCCUUACCUUCCCGUUGCUCCAUCAGCCAUUGAUAGUACUGGUCAGGUGGCUGUGGGUGUAGACGGGAAGAAGAUGGAACCUGAAAGUAAUGUUCUUCUCGCAUCUAUUGAAAACAUGCAGUAUGCAGUAACCUUGGAUGUUUUACACAUGGUUUUUGCGGCUUUUGGGGAAGUUCAAAAGAUUGCAAUGUUUGACAAGAAUGGUGGGGUACAGGCACUGAUCCAAUACUCAGAUGUUCAAACGGCUGUGGUGGCGAAGGAAGCAUUGGAAGGACAUUGUAUCUACGAUGGUGGUUUUUGUAAGCUCCACAUUACUUAUUCACGCCACACCGACCUCAGCAUAAAGGUGAACAACGAUAGAAGCAGAGACUACACAAUGCCCAACCCACCGGUUCCAAUGCCUCAACAACCCGUUCAGAAUCCAUACGCCGGCAAUCCACAGCAAUACCACGCAGCAGGUGGGAGCCACCACCAGCAGCAGCAGCAGCCACAAGGUGGAUGGGUCCAACCAGGAGGGCAAGGCUCUAUGGGAAUGGGUGGUGGUGGUCACAAUCAUUACAUGGCACCACCAUCUUCAAGCUCAAUGCAUCAAGGUCCGGGUGGUCAUAUGCCUCCACAGCAUUAUGGUGGUCCUGGUCCAAUGCAUUAGAGAGAGAAAAGAAAGUCCCUCAAAAGUCGAAGACAAAGAAAGAUGUUUAAUCUCUCUCUUUAUUUCUCUUAGCUCUGUUUUUUAAAGUUUGGAACACUUGUACUUGUGUCCAAAAGAUGUUUUUUUAAGGAUAAAACCAUUUGAGAAAUGUAUUAGAAGCUCUUGAUUUCUCUAUCUAUGUCUCUCUCUCGCCACUCACCAUAUCAUUUUCAUUAUCAAAACUCUGUCUAAUCAUGUACAAGUGAAAAAUUAUUAUUGGC